UUCACACCAAAGCGUUUUCUGCAGCAUUUUGCAGAAACGCAAUACAAUCCAUUUAACAUGAUUUCCUAUGGGACAUGUUUACAUCUGUGCGUUUUCAACCGGUGCGUUUUUUGGAAAGGGUCAGGGACUUUUUGAAUGCAAAAAGUUGCGUUUUUGGUUCUAUAGACUUCAAUGGAAACGCUGGAGAAAAUGUAUUGUGGGUUUUGCAUUUUAAAUCUGCCUAGCAGCAAGAAAAUUUUUAAAAAAUGAAAAAAAAAAAACCCUGCAAAAACACAAUGCAGAAACGGCUCAAACACAACCUUCAUAGAUGUGAGAACCUAGC